AUCUGCAGCAACUCACGCGAGAUACAGGCGGUGGAAGCAGCGCAGCACGCACGCUUCAAUGGCUUGGUCUAGGAUCGCGAGGAGCUCGCAGCUGUCGCAGUCGCUCUCGAGGAUCGCGUCCGAGGGCGGCGCGCCCACCCCGGCGGCGUCCGCGCUGCGCAAUGCGGCGGCGCUGGGGCCACGGAGCCGCCACGCCGCGUCGUCGUUCCACAGCCUCGCGUGCGUCGGCCUCGCCGACAAGUGCGGCGCCGGCGCGGGGGGCCAUCUCUACGGCCAGAACAGAGGCAUCAGCGCGACGCCUUCGAGGCUGCUCCCCGCGGCAGCAGAGCCCCUGGCGGCGGAGUGCUCCGACACCGAGGACCCCGCUGAGGCGAUGGCGGCGUUGCCGGAUCUGGGCCCAACGGGCCUCAAGAACAAGCCCCGCGUGGUGGUGCUCGGCUCCGGAUGGGCGGCGUGCCGGUUCCUCAAGGACGUUGACACCUCCGUCUACGACGUGGUGUGCGUGUCCCCGAGGAACCACAUGGUGUUCACGCCGCUGCUGGCGUCGACGUGCGUCGGCACGCUGGAGUUCCGGUCCGUGGUGGAGCCCGUCAGCCGCAUCCAGCCGGCGCUCGCCACCCGCCCCGGAUCAUACUUCUUCCUCGCCAACUGCACCGGCAUCGACACGCGGAAGCACGAGGUGUACUGCACGGUGGCGGCCGGCGACGAGCAGCUGCCCACCAACCCCUACCGCUUCAGGGUCGCCUACGAUAAGCUUGUGAUCGCCAGCGGCGCCGAGCCGCUCACCUUCAACAUCAAGGGCGUCCAAGACAACGCAAUCUUCCUCCGCGAGGUGAACGAGGCGCAGCAGAUCAGGCGCAAGCUCCUCACCAACCUCAUGCUCUCCGAGAACCCAGGCCUGUCGGAGGCAGAGAAAAAGCGGCUCCUGCACUGCGUGGUCGUCGGCGGAGGCCCCACCGGAGUGGAGUUCAGCGGCGAGCUCAGCGACUUCAUCAUGCGCGACGUGCGGGACAGGUACGCGCAUGUCAAGGACUACGUCAAGGUCACCCUCAUCGAGGCCAACGAGAUCUUGUCGUCGUUCGACGUCGGGCUGCGGCAGUACGCGACGAACCACCUCUCAAAGUACGGAGUGAAGCUGGUGAAAGGCGUGGUGAAGGAGGUGCUGCCGACGGAGAUCGUGCUGAGCGACGGCACCCACGUCCCCUACGGCCUCCUCGUCUGGUCCACCGGCGUCGGUCCGUCGGAGUUCGUCAAGUCCCUCGACCUCCCCAAGUCCCCCGGCGGAAGGAUCGGCAUCGACGAGUAUCUCCGGGUGCCGAGCGUGGAGGACGUGUACGCGCUGGGCGACUGCGCGGGGUUCCUGGAGAGCACGAAGAGGCCGGUGCUCCCGGCGCUGGCGCAGGUGGCGGAGAGGGAGGGCAAGUACCUGGCACAGCUGUUCAAGAAGCUGGCGGCGCAGAACGGCGGCGGCAGGGCGCACUGCGGCAAGAGGGUGGACCUGGGGGAGCCCUUCGUGUACAAGCACAUCGGGAGCAUGGCCUCCGUGGGGCGGUACAAGGCGCUGGUGGACCUCCGGGAGAACAAGGACGCCAAGGGGGUGUCGAUGGCCGGCUUCCUCAGCUGGGUCAUGUGGCGCUCCGCGUACCUGACGAGGGUGGUGAGCUGGAGGAACAGGUUCUACGUGGCGGUCAACUGGGCCACCACGCUCGUCUUCGGCAGGGACAAUACAAGGAUCGGCUGAACUGGCAGUGGGCGGCUGGCUGGCUCUGUUUCCUCUUGAGUAAGGCAAAGGGGACGAGAUGCUGGCCUUCAAUUUUGCUUAGGAUUACCAUUUAGUCAUUCACGAUUCGAUUCAUUUCCAACGUUGUGAAAAAUACAGAGUACGCAACACUUACUCCUAGUACUUUUAAGCCAAAGGUGCAUUGCGCAUUUUCAGAGUAAUAUA